CCAGCUGGGCGAGCCUGGGAGGCAGGAGGUGAGUGGGGCCGGACUCAGGGACCAGCUCUUCCCGUCUCAUGACUGUGUUUACUGGGCUGGAUUUUGAGAAGGGGCCAGAUUGCAUCAGACAGGGCCUGAUGGGCUGGAGCCAGACGAUGGGCUGGAGCCAGACUGUGGUCUGAGGAGGAGACACAGCCUUAUAAGCUGAGGGAGUGGACUGGGAGUGGAGAGGCACAGGGGCCAGGAAAGCAGAGAAAGACAAAGCGUUAGGAGAAGAAGACAGGCAGGGAGGACAAGCCAGGCACGAUGGCCACCUUCCCACCAGCAACCAGCGCCCCCCAGCAGCCCCCAGGCCCAGAGGACGAGGACCCCAGCCUGGAUGAAUCUGACCUCUACAGCCUGGCGCAUUCCUACCUGGGAGGUGGAGGCCGGAAAGGUCGCACCAAGAGAGAAGCUGCUGCCAACACCAACCGCCCCAGCCCUGGCGGGCACGAGAGGAAACUGGUGACCAAGCUGCAGAAUUCAGAGAGGAAGAAGCGAGGGGCACGACGCUGAGACAGAGCUGGAGAUGAGGCCGAACCAUGGACACUACACCCAGCAAUGGAGACAGGACUGCGGAGGAAGGAAGAACCAAGACAGGAUCCAGGCCAGCUUGCCACACCCCCCACCCCAGGACUUAUCCCUGCUGACUGAGUCUCUGAGGGGCUACCAGGAAAGCACCUCCAACCCCAGCAAAAGUGCAAGAUGGGGAGUGAGAGGAAGGGAAUGGAGGGGCAGAGCCAGGAAGAUACCCCCAGAAAAGAAAGCUACAGAAGAAACUGGGGCUCCUCUAGGGCGGCAGCAACAAUAAAUAGACGUGCACGGCAGCCACAGCUUGGGUGUGUUUUCAUCCUUG